GUGAUUGAGACACUUCCUUGUUAUUUCCAUGGCGUCCUUUGCGUUACUGCUGCGGUGUUGUUGUUUUUGUGUCUUUUUGCUUCUCUUCUCGCACAGAAGCGCUUCUCAGCUCCUGAAUGCACCUUGUUACAAACCCAUAAAAGACGACAGGCCGGAUUUUGUCAGGACUCACCCUCGGCCCCACGAGUACACAAAUGUGUCCGAUCUCCCUCAGUCGUGGGACUGGAGGAACAUUGACGGGAAGAAUUACGUGAGCGCCACCAGGAACCAGCACAUCCCCCAGUACUGCGGCUCCUGCUGGGCCAUGGGGGCCACCAGCGCCCUGGCUGACCGUAUCAACAUCAUUCGCAAGGGAGCGUGGCCCUUGGCGUACCUGUCGGUGCAGAACGUCAUCGAUUGUGGGGGCGCGGGCUCUUGCUACGGCGGGGACCACAUGGGAGUCUACGCCUACGCGCACCACCACGGCGUCCCGGACGAGACCUGCAACAACUACCAAGCCACGAACCAAAAAUGCAAGCUGUUCAACCAGUGCGGCACUUGCGCCUCUUUUGAGUCGUGCGGCGUGGUCAGGAACUACACCGUGUGGAAAGUCGGGGACUACGGCAAAGUGUCCGGGAGAGACCGCAUGAAGGCUGAGAUAUACUCCAAAGGACCCAUCAGUUGCGGCCUGAUGGCCACCCGGGGACUGGAGGACUACGCAGGGGGCGUCUUCUCAGAGUUUCACCCCCUCUCGCUGCCCAAUCACAUAAUAUCAGUGGCCGGCUGGGGCCUGGCGGACGACGGCACAGAGUUUUGGGUGGUCAGGAACUCCUGGGGAGAGUUUUGGGGAGAACACGGCUGGGCCAGAAUAGUCACCAGUGCUUACAAGGAAGGAAAAGGCAACUGGUUCAACCUGGGUAUUGAGAAACAUUGUGCGUAUGGAGAUCCCAUUGUUGCAUAGAUUUGUUUUAAUAACAGCUCAAUAUUGUUCUUUUAACAAGCCGCAUUAUAGAAUCAUUUUGCCACACCUAGUGUGUGUGUGUGUGUGUGUGAGACAAUCAGUGGUACUUUAACUUUAACAACCAUGUAUAACUGGCUUUUUGCCUGAUUUCUUUACUUUACUACAGAAAACCUAUUUUCACCGACACAAAUCCACUUUUAGCCUCUUUUAAACACCUGUGUGAACGCUCCUCUGUGCAUUUGGUCCCCUUUUUUAAAGUCUACCAAACUGUCUUGUAAAUACUGUAAGUUAAUGUUGUCACUUCACCAUGAACCCAACACAAAGCAGCGUUGUUUUGUAUUAGUAUACAUACUAACACACCACAUGACAGUUUGAAACAAACACACUAAUGUUGCAGUGAGAAAAACUCUUCGGGACUGUAAUCACUGGAAAAAUGUCAAACAAGUGUGACUAGUUCCAAGGUUUGGAGAGAUCCCUUGACCUGCAGCACACAAAAGUAAAGGAAUGUUCUUCAACAGCAGCAAAGACAUUUAAGCAGUAGAAUUCUUAAAGAACGUUAUCUCAAGCAGUGGUCAAACAUUGAUAGGAGUCAAAAAGAUUGUGAGCGUACCAAGAUGCUCUUCUCAUAGGCUUUCAAACCAAGAGCUGGCAGCCACACAACAGCUAAGCACACUAUUGCACACAAGCUAGACAUACGUGUAAUAAGUGUCCCUAAUUGAACAAUAUUGCAGUCUUAAACAGAACUUUUGUCAAUAGUAUUGAACAAUUAUAGUCGCACAUUACUUACACUUACAAAGUGACUUUGUAUGUGUAAGUAAUGUGCGACUAGAAUUAUAAAUGGAAUGAUGCAGACACUUUGAGACUUUGUCAAAGCAUCAUUCCAUUUUCUGUGUCAUGAAUUAUUGGGGCCACUCAAUAAAAACCAAUUAGCACUCCAUUUUAAAGUACCAGUAGAGUGGAAAUACAAGUUGACUUCCAUCCAUCUUCUUACGCUUAUCCGAGGUCGGGUCACGGGGGCAGCAGCCUAAGCAGGGAAACCCAGACUUCCCUCUCCCCAGCCACUUGGUCCAGCUCCUCCCGGGGGGAUCCCAAGGCAUUCCCAGGCCAGCCGGGAGACAGUCUUCCCAACGUGUCCUGGGUCUUCCCCGUGGUCUCCUACUGGUCGGACGUGCCCUAAACACCUGACCAGAUGCCCGAACCAUAUCUUUGAGUUCCUCCCGGAUGACAGAGCUUCUCAUCCUAUCUCUAAGGGAGAGCCCCGCUACCUGGUGGAGGAAACUAAUUUCUGACCCUUGUAGUCGAGAUUUUGUCCUUUCGGUCAUGACCCAAAGCUCAUGACCAUAGGUGAGGAUGGGAACGUAGAUUGACCGGUAAAUUGAGAGCCUUGCCUUCCGGCUCAGCUCCUUCUUCACCACAAUGGAUCGAUACAGCGUCCGCAUUAUUGAAGACGCCGCACCUAUCCGCCUGUCGAUCUCACCAUCCACUCUUCCCCCACUCGUGAACAAGACUCCUAGGUACUUGAACUCCUCCACUUGGGGCAGGGUCUCCUGCCCAAUCCGGAAAUGGCAUUUCACCCUUUUCCGGGCGAGAACCAUGGACUCGGACUUGGAGGUGCUGAUUCUCAUUCCGGUCGCUUCACACUCGGCUGCGAACCGAUCCAGCGAGAGCUGAAGAUCCCGGCCAGAUGAAGCCAUCAGGACCACAUCAUCUGCAAAAAGCAGAGACCUAAUCCUGCAGCCACCAAAGCAGAUCCCCUCAACGCCCUGACUGUGCCUAGAAAUUCUGUCCAAGUGGACUUUAUAUGCUUCAUUGUGUUUCAUUGUAUCCAUUAAAUCACAUCCAAAUUGUAUUUAUGAUCCGCAAACACCGUUUAAACAUCACAAACUCAGUCAGCCAUUUUGAAUAUUGGUACUGUCAGCAAUAUUUGGAGAUAAGAUGUUAUCUUAUCAGUCAUGCUGGAAACACGCAAGAGUUGGAAAGAGACGUGUUUAUCAUUCACUUAUGUAAGACAAGAACACAUAUGCUUGCCUUUUUUUUCUUAUACAUUCACGUCGUUAAAAGAAAUAGUUAACAAUUAAGUCCAAAGAAAGAGGGUCCUCUGCACCAAUAACAAGUGCAAUUUUCUUGGUAGAAAAUCUCAUAGCCAUAGCACACAUAAGUGUGGAAGAGGGAAUCAAACAUCAAAGAACACAAAGGACAUUAAAGUCAUUACAAGAGCAGAACUGAUGCAAAAACACUUUUACUCACAGCCUCAAAAGUAAAACAAAAAUAAAAAAAAAACUGAGUUUUUGAUUGA